AAAAACUGAUGGAGGAGACCCUGCGGAUAGGGAUGUGCCAUAUUAUGCAUUAUACCAAUAGAUUUAUUCAUUAAAAAUAAACAACAGAAUCAGUAAGUUCUUGAACUUAUAAUCAACACAAAUUAAAGUUUUAAAAUAAUCAUUUUUUUUACAUUAAUCAACAAAUUUAUUCAAAUUCAAAAAACUAGAUAUUCGUACUGAAAUAAUAAAUUCUUAUAAAAUUAAAAUAAAUCAACAAAAUCAAAUUAUUCAAAUAAAAAAUACUAGAAAUCCGUAGGCAACGAGUUCAGAAAUAACAGCUUAGGUAAGCGUUUGGAUAAUAUUCGCCUCCUGGUCUUUGUUAAUAUGGCGCCAGCUUUCGAGAACAAUCUCUCUGCUGGAGUCGAAGAAGCCAAUAGAUGCUUACACGCCAAGUAGAGAGCUAUGAUAGUAUUCUUUGGCAGUUCGCGUUCCGGGCUAUUAUAGGAUUAUUUCCAUAAUAGAUUAUUUCUUCACAUUCCUACCUGCGGGGUGUGCCGGGCUGUGUAGUGUUUUGCGACGAUAUUUGCGUCACAGGGGUUAACACGCCCACUCACGUGAGUAACUUGAGAGCAGUGCUGGGAAGGCUGCGUACUCGUAAAAUGGGGCUUACUAUCAAAAUCAGUAAGUGUAAAUUUUUGCAGGAGUGUCUCAUACUUGUGGUUUAUAAUCAAUGAAGACGGGGUGCGACCGGACCAAACUAAAUUAGACGCAAUAGCUAAUGUACAUAAACCACGUGAUGCAUCUCAUCUCAAAAGCUUUCUAAGAAUACUUAAUUAUUAUGGGCGUUUCAUACCUAACUUGAGCACGUUGAUGAGCGAUCGAGUACUGGCGCACUACGAAGAGGGACGUGAGUUGAUUUUAUCAGUUGACAGCAAUUCGUACGGUCUAGGGGCUGUGCUCGCACACCGGUAUGAGGAUGGAAGCGAGCGCCCGGUAAGUUGUUCAUAGCGUACCCUCAACGCAUCUGAAAGUAAUUACAGCCAACUGGAAAAAGAAGUUCUAGCGAUUCUUUACAGGGUGACUAAACAUCACCAAUAUUUGUUUGGCAGACGGUUCACCUUAUUAAGUUUAUUUUUUAUAUAUUUUAUCAAGCACGACUGCACGACCCAACUUCUUGUGCCCCUCGGCCUACUUUACCCUCAAUCCAUACAUAACAGUGUGCACUAUCGUCUGAGCCCGCAUGUAUGCCACAAUUAUAAAGCCAGAGUUGGCGUUUAUAAAAAACUAUGCCGGUGGGGAUACGAGGCAGUGGCAGUGUCUUUUCUAAAUCAAAUGUUAGACAUUCAAAAUUUUCGUCUCCAGAAGUAUUUGACUAUCCCACAACCAUUGUGAGGUUAAUGAGUAUAACUGACGACUGUAAUAACUGAUUUGAUUCGGUAGUUUAGGGAGAGCAAAUUUUUUGACAGUCAAACGAGAUUGUUAUAAGACCCUCACAUUCUUCACGAAGUUUUUCAAAAAAUGCUUUUGCUCUUAAGCAAUGGACUCUCUUUUCGGUCAUAAGUUGAUUCUUUUCUCCUGUGUCUGUUUCAGCUUUAAUCUAGUUUUUGGAGUGCCGAAUCCAAUAUUGUAACAGUUAUUAAAAAUAUUUCUAAAAUAAGAUUGUUUUGUGCCAGGAUAAAAAUAUUCACUUUUUACAUACAUAUCGUAGCUAUAGCUUUAUGUUCAGUUCUGAGGGUAGAUAUUUUCUUUCAGCAGAUUUUGUCUUUCUGCAAUAAUGCGAUUCUACGCAAUUCAACUUUUGUAUGAAGCUAUGUAUGAAAUUUCUUAUAUCUGCAUAUUUCAGAGAUACCCGAUCCCCUCCACGAUGUUCUUUGAGCGAUUCGCCUGUAUAAUAGAAUCUAUAUAAUACAUAAGACACCCUGUGUUUUGUAAUUUCAAAAAUUGAUAGGAAAAAUUUUUGCCAGAUGGGGAACUUCUGGUGAUCAAUAAAUACAGAGUAUUAUAAAUGGUAGUUUGUUUCUUACCCUUAUAUCCUCGUUUUUGUUUAAGGCUGCAGUUAGACGACGCAAAAACUUUCACGCGGCCAGUUAUAAGUUUUAUUAUUGUUUUUUCGUUGUUUUGUUAUUUUGUUAGUAUUUGUGUUAUUAUUGAACUUUUGUUACAAUAAUGCCAAAAAGGGCCAGAAAAACUGUUUUGAAUAGUGAAUCCCGUGAGUUCGUGGUUCGUUUACGGAAAUAUUUCGAACGCGAAUACCAAAAUGGCGGACCGCUGUUGCCAGUGUCCCAAGUAAGUGACAGAGUUGCUGACGCUCUAGGUAUUGGAAGAGCUACUGUAACUAGAAUCAGUAAAGAAAAAUAUGGAGAGACAUCAGAAAAGUGAGACAUUGAUGACUGGGAAAAAGUGGUGUUUCUCGACGAAACAUGGCUCAAUGCCAACCACACCGUUUCUAAAACAUGGACAUAACUAUGACAAACCCGAAUCAUCUACUAAGGUACCCGAAGGAAAAGAGCAGAGAUUAAUAAUUUGCCAUGCAGGUACCUCGUCUGGCUUUGUGCCAAAUUUUCUCCUAGCAUUUAAAUCUGUGAAAACCACAGAAUAACCACGAGGAGAUGAAUUUCGAUAAAUUCAUGGAAUUGUUUAUAACUCUUCUAAGUAACUUAAAUGAAUCCCAUGUAAUACUGAUGGACAAUGCGCCAUAUCACUCGUUUCAAGUAAAUAAACCUCCAACAACGAAUAACCGAAAGGACGAGAUAAUUACUUGGUUGCAUUCCAUUGGCGUAACAAGCCGACGAGUCCAUGUUAAAAAGAGAACUGUUGCGAUUAGGGGCAUUGCACAAACCCCGAACUCCAAUAGGGAACAUGCAAAUACUAUAUUUAUGAAGGUUUAUAUUUAAUAUAAUGUUGUUUUUUAACAAUAAUUACCAAUUUAAAGUAACGGAUUUGAAACACCAAUCAGCGUUUAGUGACGUCACUCCUGUUAUGACAGUGGUUAUAACUGAGGUUAUAGUUGUAGAAGUUAACAUUUUAAAGGAAAAUUAAUUGCGUUUCGAAUAAAAAUGGAAGUUGGGAUUGUCAAAGCUGACUCCAGGAAUCUACCAAAGUUAGUGUUGACAUGGUAGCAUUCAUAAAUUGUGUUCAAGCUUGAUUGGAAAAUUGGACUCUCCACAAUAAUUUCUUGAAAUAUUAUAUCAAAGCAAAUGACCCCUGAUAAAAUUAACAUGAUUUUUUCCACCACCAAACAACAAAGUGAUUCACCAUUGUGGUUUGAGUUGAGAUUAAAAUUGAAGAAGCUGGAGUUCUUCUUAAUGCUGAGUAUCCUAUUUUUGGUGCAACACCUGACGGGCUGAGGUGAAAUGCCCUUCUACAGAAGUUACCAUACCUUCC